CCCAUCGAAAGCAUUUUCUUUCAAAAUUCCUUCAUCUUUCUUGCAAUCCAAACACCCUUAUUCUCUCAUCAAAUUGUUUAACAAAUGGCUCGUACUAAGCAAACUGCGAGGAAAUCAACCGGCGGCAAGGCCCCACGUAAGCAACUAGCCACGAAGGCUGCUCGGAAGUCAGCUCCGGCGACAGGAGGAGUGAAGAAGCCUCACCGUUUCAGGCCAGGAACUGUGGCUCUCAGGGAAAUCAGGAAGUACCAGAAGAGCACCGAGCUCUUGAUCAGAAAGCUUCCAUUCCAGAGGCUUGUGAGAGAAAUCGCUCAAGAUUUCAAGACCGAUUUAAGGUUCCAAAGCAGCGCUGUCGCCGCUCUUCAAGAAGCUGCCGAGGCUUAUCUCGUCGGACUGUUUGAAGAUACUAAUCUAUGUGCUAUUCAUGCUAAGAGGGUUACCAUCAUGCCUAAAGAUAUCCAGCUUGCCAGGAGGAUCAGAGGCGAGAGAGCUUAGGUUAGUUUGUUUUAGUUGACUAGUGCCUAGAAUUAGAGAUAUAUGCUUGUGUUCGUUUGGUUGUAUUAUCUUUCUCUGCAAGUGUUGGAUUUAAAUCGAUCGAAUUUUAAUGGAUGCUGUAUAGUUUCAUGAUGUUUUCAUGAAAUUUGGUUAAUGGAAUGGCAACAGUUUCUUCA